AUGUGCAAUGUGCCUGUGAGUACCUUAACGUCGGGGUUUUAGUAUUUUAAUAGGGUUUUUAAUUUUUUAAAUCCUUUUUUAGAUUUAAAAAACAGCGGUCUUUUUUAGAAUUAUUGUUUGUUUAGCAUUAUUACACCUAUAUUUUAGGCCUACAUAAACUUGAUGAAAAAGCUAUGUCCAGAAACAUGUGGUUGCCCUUCAUCAAUUGCCCCUCGAUUUACCACGCCUUCAGGAAGUGGUGGAUGUGGACUUGACGACAAAACAAUUGAUUGUAAAAAGAAGUCACAGAUGUGCACUGUGCCUGUGAGUACUAUAAGAUAGUGCUUUUAGCAUUGUACUAGGGCAGGGUUUUUUAAAAUUCAAAUGAAUUUUUUUAUUUGUAAAAAUAGUUGUCUUUUUUGAUAAUUAUUGUUGGUUUAGCAUUAUUUUAUUCAAAUUUUAGGCCUACAUAAACUUGAUGAAAAAGCUAUGUCCAGAAACGUGUGGUUGCCCUUCAUCGAUCGCCCCUCGAUUUACCACGCCCUCACCAAAUAGUCAAGGGUCAUGCUCUGAUAAAAUUACAACCUGCGCUAGUGUGACAAGUCAAUGCAAAAUUCAAGUGAGUUUUAUCUACUAUGCUACCCUACUACUCUACCCCCCCCCCCAUUCCACCAUACCUUACCUUAUCCACCCUACCCUAUUUUCCCUUAUCCUGCCCUACCCUAGAACACAUUUUUCCACCCUCCCUAUAACAAAAUCGUAUUUUCAGUCCUACUUCACACUGAUGAAACAGAACUGCGAAAAGACGUGUAACUUCUGCGGAGUCAACAGUUUCCCUGGAUAG